AAAAGUUAGCUAAAAGUGAUUUUGAGUUUAUUUUUUUAAAGUUUGCCUAAUAAUUGAAUUAAUAGGUUGCAAAUAAAAAUGACUUCAAAAAAUGUGGCCGCAGUUCUGAAAAAAGUUUUGGACCUUCAGGUGGAGACCAUACCUAUGCCCGAAAAGCCCGGACCUAACGAAGUUUUACUCAAGACCUUAUGUGUGGGUUUGUGUGGGUCUGACCAUCACUAUUGGAAACACGGAAAGAUCGCUCAUUUUGUGGUCAAAGACCCAUUGAUCUUAGGCCACGAAACGUGUGCUCUGGUGCUGGAAGUGGGAGAGGGUGUCCAUCAUCUGAAAGUAGGCGACAGAGUGGCCGUCGAGCCGACUGUGCCCUGUCGUCUCUGCAAUUUCUGCAAAACUGGUUCUUAUAAUCUGUGUCCACACGUCAAG